AAUGCUUCGUUCCAGUUCAUUCCUAGGAGGAUAUUCAAGAUCACGUAAUAUAUUUUUCCAUUAAGAGAAUAGUAUCUAAAAACAAAUUAAGGCCUAGAGUAUAGUCUUACAGACAUACCAAAUUAAGGUAUUUGGCAUUGUUUUUUGCUUGCAUGAUCAUGAUAGGUGAUGCUUAUUGCUUUGAUAAUCCCAUGGCUUUAUAAAGUGAAAUAAAGGAUUAAUAUGGGGUGGAUCAAUUUAAAUUCAACCUAUUAUAUACAGUUUAUUCAUUACCUAAUAUUAUACUCCCAUUUUUUGGAGGUGUUUUGAUUGAUAAAAUUGGUGCACGAACAGCCAUUUUACUUUUUUCAACAAUCAUCAUGAUAGGUCAAUUGGUUUGUGUUUGGGGUGCAUCAAAUUUAAGCUUUUGGACUUUAAUAGCUGGAAGAGUAAUAUUUGGAAUGGGAUCAGAGAGUUUGAAUGUUUCAUAGAAUUCUAUAAUGGCUAUCUGGUUUAAAGAUUAAGAGAUGAGUUUAGCAAUAGGAUUAUGCAUAAGCAUUCCUAAAAUUGGUAAUGCUUUCAAUAGUCUUCUAAGUCCAUAAAUAUAUUCUAAAUAUUAAUCUUUAGCUGCUCCUAUGAUAGUGGGAGUUGGAACACUAAUUUUCUCAUUUGUAAAGAUCAUCAAAUAACUAUCUAGAUUUGUGGAUUAGCCCUAAUUUAUAUGGACUAUAAAAGUGAAUAGAGAGAAAAACAAAAUCAAAUGUUAUUGAAUAAAAAUGAUGAAAAUCACAGAUCUCAAUCAGAACUUUCUGCAUCUGUCAAAUAAUCAAUUAAAGAUGAUGAUUGUGAUUCUCCAGAUCUAGGAAGAAGCCCAGAAAUAUGUAUGAAUUACUUAUAUUUUAAGUUGCCACUCCAUAGCAUUAAGAAGAAGCAGUAGAACAUGAAGUUAAAGAAGAAAUCAAUUUCAAAGAUAUAGCUAAAUUAUCUGGCACCUUCUGGAUUUUGAUUAUAAUUUGCAUGUUGACAGAAGCAUUAUUUGUACCAUUCCUUGAUAAUGGAAAUGAAUUAUUACAAGAAAGAUUUGGUAUGACAGCUGAAGAGGCAGGACUAUUCUUGAUUAUACCAUACUUGGUUGCAUCAGGAUCUACUCCCUUUAUUGGAAACAUGGCUGAUAAAGUAAUCUAAUUUAUAAUAUUAUUAAGCUUGGUAGAAGAAGUUUAUUAAUUAUUGUAACAUCAUUCAUUUUUCUUAUUACACAUAUCCUUUUUAUUUUCAGAAUGUGUACAUCAGUUUGUUUUUUAAUCACUAUCCCAUUAACUAUUUUGGGUUUGUGCUUUGGAUUCUAUGCUUCUGUUGUUAUUCCUUCAGUUCCAUUUGUUGUCAAAUCUAAUCUUGUUGGAACAGCAUUUGGAUUAACAGGUGUAUUUUAAAACACUGCUUUAGCCUUAUUUCCUAUGAUUACUGGAAUGAUAUUUAAUUAAUUCAAAUAUGAUGAACAUGGAGAAGAAAAUGAAGAAAGAGGAUAUGUCUAUUAAAGUUUUUUCUUUAUAGGUAUGAGUAUAUUACUUGUAAUUAUUGCCAUUUUAUUGAUGUUUGUUGAUAAAAAUGGAGAAAGAAAAUUAAGUUAGAGAGGAAGAGGAAUGGGAAGGAAAAAUAAAGUUGAAUAUGUAAGUGUGCAUGAAGUUACAGAUAUGCCAGCAGAUAAAAAAAUUAGCAUCAAUUAUGAUAAAGAUCAUAGAAUUUGA